AGGCAGGGGGCUGUAGACCUUUCAGAAAGAACUGAAAGUAGCCGGGGAAGUUGGAGAGAGAGGCCGGGUGGCUCGUUCGGACAGCGGGCAAAGAUAACACAGCAGAAUGCCAGCAUUACCCCUGGAUGAGCUCCAGCUUACAGAGAAGGAUUUGCUGACUGGGAAGCUGAAAACUUUACCAGCAUUGCAUCCAGAAAAGAAAACAGAACGCUCUUUUGUGCUGUAUAAGCCACCACCUAAAUCCAGAGAUCCUGCACUGCUGGAGGAGUUUUUAGAACGGGCCAGGUUCAUUGCAGAUGAUCUGGAUUGGCUUUUGGCUCUGCCACAUGAUAAAUUCUGGUGCCAGGUAGUAUUCGAUGAGACACUCCAGAAAUGCCUGGAUUCAUACCUGCGCCAUGCCCCUCGCAAGUUUGACAUGGCCGUGGAUUUGGCUCCAGAAGUGAACGACUUGACAAAACACCUUCAUCGGAAUGUUUUCUUAACUUUCCUCCGAAUGUCCACUCACAAGGAAUCCAAAGAUCAUUUCAUCACACCGUCUGUUUUUGGAGAAAUUCUUUACAAUAACUUUUUGUUCGAUAUCCCCAAAAUUCUGGAUCUCUGUGUGCUGUUUGGAAAAGGCAACAGUGCUCUACUCCACAAGAUGAUUGAAAACAUCUUUAUUCAGCAGCCAAGCUACUUCAAUGACUUGGAUGAAAUUGUGCCUACAGUCCUUCAGGUGUUCAGCAACAUUCUGUAUGCGUGUGGCUUGCGGUGUGAAGGUGCCUCAGCUGAGCCACAGAAACUGGAGGAAAGGAUCAGGAGGACGUCUCCUGGGGACAUGUCCCUGCAGGAACUGAAGGACAUUGUGCUGUACUUGUGUGAUACUUGUAUCACCCUUUGGGCCUUUCUGGAUGUCUUUCCAUUGGCUUGCCAAACAUUCCAAAAGCAUGACUUCUGUUACAGACUUGCUUCUUUUUAUGAGCUGGUGAUACCUGAGCUGGAGUCUGUAAUUAAGAAGAGAAGACAUGAGGACAGCAGCUUACUGCUGGACAUGUGGAGGAGGUUGUCUCAUUCUAGAAAGAAGGUGGUGGAAGUCUUCCAUAUUAUCAUUCACCAGUUGUGUCUUCAGCCUAUUUUGGAAAGCAGCUGCGAUAAUGUUCAGCCCUUUAUUGAAGAGUUCCUACAGAUCUUCACCUCAGUACUUCAAGAGAAGAGGUUUCUUUGUGACUGUGACGAGCUGUUUUCUGUAGCAGAUGAUGUGAGCCUCCUCCAGCAAGCCUCCUCCAGUUUGGAUGAAACCCGGACCGCUUACGUUCUGCAAGCUGUGGAGAGCGCCUGGGAGGGAACAGAUAGGAGGAAAAAAAAUAUGACAGGUCCAUCCAUGCCAGCAGAAACCGCUGGAGCUUCAGCAGUGCCACCCAGCAGCAAUGAGAAGUUGGAGAGGCUCACUGAAGAUCCUCUGGAGUGUGCUGGAGCGGCUGGGAUGCCCACAACAAAGGUCUCUGGGGUAGAACUGGAUUCUCUGAUCUCCCAAGUGAAAGAUUUGCUACCUGAUCUUGGUGAGGGCUUUGUCCUGGCCUGCCUGGAAGAAUAUAACUAUGAGGUUGAACAGGUGAUCAACAACAUUCUUGAGGACAAACUGGUGGCAUCCCUAGAAAAGCUGGACCAUGCAAUGCCAAGGCCAGUGAAACAAGAUCCAACCCCUCUAGUCACUGCACGAUGCAAUAUUUUCCAGAAUGAUGAGUUUGAUGUUUUCAGCAAAGAUUCCGUGGACAUAUCCCGGGUACAGAAAGGCAAGAGGAGUGACAGAGUCACAACCAAAAGUUUACUGAAUGACAAGAGCGUUGUGGCCGAGCAGAGGGAGCGCUACAGUCAGUACACUGUCAUAGUGGAGGAGGCCGCAGAGCCGAGUGGAGAGGGCCUUUUCUUCCAGGAUGAUUACGAGGACGAAUACGAUGAUACCUAUGAUGGCAACCAAGUGGGAGCAAAUGAUGCUGAUUCGGAUGAUGAGCUGAUCAGUAGGAGGCCGUUUACCAUUCCUCAGGUCCUGAGAUCAAAAGAGCGGGAGCAGGAGGAGGAGGAGGAAGGAGAAGAGGUAGAGGCAAAGGAAGUGGAGGCAAAAGACGCUACCAAGGACCACUUUGUGCAGGAUCCGGCAGUGCUGAGGGAGAGAGCUGAAGCCAGGCGACUGACCUUCUUCGCAAGGAAAGGAUACAAGCCAGACAAUUCAACAGCGGUUAUUGGUGGUGCCAAAGGACACGGCCAGAGUCGAGACACAGUGCAGGAGCGGAGGAAGAAAGAAGCCAGCAAAGGGACCAGGGCUAACCAUAACCGGCGAGCCAUGGCUGAUAGAAAGCGUAAUAAAGGCAUGAUCCCAUCCUGAAGAAUGGGGGGAAAGGGGACCAUAUACCUAGUUACCCUGUAUGCCACACCAUGGAAGGCACCGUACAAUGUCCCCAUCUCCAUAUUCAGCAUUCGUCCUCUAUGAAGCAGUUCCUGCCUAGCAGUCUAACUCUGGUUGCUGCCCAGCAUGUGUAACACAUUUGAUCUCAUUACAUGGGGAAACUGCAAUUGCUGUGUUAUUUAUUCCCCCUCAAGGAACCUCGCCAUUCUUUCAGGUGGCCACCAAAUUCCAUUCAGUCCAGCGUUCUUUCCAGAAGCUGAAAGCUGGAUGCCUCUGAGAAACCAUAUAAGCAGGGCAUGAAGGCAAAGGCCCAUCCCCCCCCCAUUGUUUUGCCUGCAGCAUCUUUGUUAUUCAGGGGUCUAGUGCAAUGCUACAAGUUCAUCAGGUGCGCAUAUUGUGCCAGAGUACUUGGUCUCACUCCUGAACUAAUCACUUUCAUUGGGAUGACUGCUGAAAUCCAGCAUUAGAAGGGAUAAAAAUUUCCCUAGGGAUCAAACAUCCACAAUCCGAUUAGUCUUUUAUUGCUAAAUAGCUGCUGUAGGGGGUCUCUGGUUUAGGUGUGGGUUACAGAGGAAGGUUUAACUCUACCCACUUUGUCGGAUCCCUAGUCACAAAUCUUCGUGUACUGUCUAGUUUGACUCUAUUUUUAUAAAUUUCUUACACUGCCCUGCUCCAUCAUCUUAUUUUGCCACUUUAAAAAUAAAUGCUUUAGGCUUUUCUUAUAAAGGUUCUUUAUCUGCGUGAGCUUCGCUGUUCAUUUGCAGCUUUGAUGGCCUUCUUGAGAUGAGGUCCAAAGCAUCCAUGUUCAUGUACUACUACCAUUUUUCCCCAUUGUUCCUUGUGUUAUUACAGUAAGAAAUCCAAGGAUCGAUGUGCCAGGAGUGAAGAUAGUGCAGGGAAGUGUUCUGUACUCCUAGCAACCUCUACCACUGCAAAGGGGGGGGGGGAAGGAGGGGCAUUCUACCAGAAAGAGGAACUGCACUUUUACCACUUAAAAGAUCUGAGCGAUGGUGGUAGGGAGAGAAAAAUUGGAGCUCCAGCUAUGAAACAUGGAAAGCACACUAAGCUGGUACAGUUGAAUAGCUAAUGAGCUGUGAGACCUAUGAGGUCAUUGGGUGGCUUUUAGGCAAGCCGCACUCUUAUUCCUCUCCCCCAUAUGCAAGAGGGGUGGCAAUAGUCGCCUAUCCUACAGAUUUUUUGUAAAGGAGACACAGACACUGACAGCACUGUAUAAAGGCAAGGCGUGAUUAAUUUGCUUCUUUCUGUGCCCCCUCCCCUCGAUUGCCGCUCUACAUAGCUGGACAGUUCAGACUUAAUCUACAUAUACUACCAUUGUAAACUGGCUAUUAUUCUUGGCAUUUACAUAGACUUCACAACCAACAUCAUGCUGUGUAGUCUUUGUAACAAACCUGUAAGGAAAGCUAAUUGUUGCUCCAUACUGUAGGUGUGGACUAAAUAUGACCUCUCUAAGGGAGCUUGUGGCCGAGGGGAGAUUUGAACCAGGGACUUCCUGCAUCUCAUCUAUCUUCACCCUUGUUACACCACUUCAUACAGGACAGUUUUUUAAAAGUAGUUCUCUUCAACAGGAGGCUCUGCAACUAUUUGCUGCCUGUUGUUUUUACUGCAAGUCUCUACGUGGUGGUGGUGGCUAGAGGCACCCAUCACCUUCUCUUUAUAAUACUAAGUGGGUGUACCUGCACACGUAGAGUGCUACAAGAAUACAUACCCUGUCAAAAAUCAGUGUGGCACAGCCUCUGGGGGAGAAUAUCUUGCAUCAUACCUCCCCUCACACCCCAUCUUCAAUUUAAUUGUCUGCAGUUAGUUUUAAGAUUCUGCUUAUAUACCCUAGUCUUUCACCGAAUCUUAAAAAGAUGACAACUAGAUUUCUUUGUCAGUGAACCCUACCUAAUAUAAUCUCCAAGCUUGAGAAUGUCAGGUGCUGAGCCGGUUCAGUGAUGUAUACCAGCUCUGCGGGGAAAUACAGCUGACACUUGAAAGCUCACACAACGGCAUUCUCAGCAAGAAAAUGGAAGUCAGCCAAGGGGAAGGUACAUGGUGAGCAGUGCUGAGCAGGUAAACUCCUACAUAAUGGCUUUAGGUUGUCAGUAUUCAUUAAGCAGAAAUGUGCUAAAACCAACUGCGUCUGCAGCAUGUAGAGGGUAGAAAAAGUAUCGGGAGAUGAAUGCUACCUGUAUUUAUCUACCUUAUUUUUGUGCUAUCCUCAGAUUACAAAUCAAACGAGAGAUUAAGGGUUUGGCUGUCAUGCUGCUAGUGUUGCAGAUUCAGAAACCAUUUCAGGGUUUCGUUUGAUUACAGUGCAACCAUUUAACUUUUACAGCUAGAAAAAGCCUGGUAAUUAAUAUUUGAGAGUUUUAAAAACCCAAGAAGUCCAGCAGGAUCUCCAGCAAUCACAGUAGCAGAGCUCCACUGCUUUGGAAGUUCUUGGACCUCGCCAACGGCUAACAGAGACUUACUGUAAAGAGCAUCAGUAUAACAAACACGGUCUCUGUGUGCGCCGAUUCAAAGAACAGUUUUAAAGAAGUUCCUCCUAUUAGUAGGACUCUCACUUUCAGCUGUAGCUUAUUGCAACACAAUGUUCCCUGAACCUUAACCAGUAGCCUCUUUCUCUUCUAUACUUCCUACACCCUAGCUCACUCUAACCGCAUGAAAGUUCUUAAGAACCAAGCGUUAAAAUCUUUUACAAAGCCCAUAUUUUGACCAAGCAAUGGUUGGCUCUUGAGAAUGAAAUCUGAGGUUUGAAAUGUCUACACUUUUCUACUCAGUUAUCUUGACUUAAUCCUAGCUACCGCUAAGGAAAACUUGUUUACGUUCUGUGCCUUCUAUCUACAGCACAAUAUAUACUUGUAUAUACUCACCUGUUCUCAUAACUGCAGGUUGCAAGAAAGACUAUCUAGUUAGUAUA